AACUACCGUCGAUCUUCUCGUUGAGGCUCAUUAACCAAAAGUGCAACCUAGUGAACAAGCAGAAGACCGGUAACCAUGCCGCAAAGCCGUGAACUUGCAAACAAAAAGAACGACCACAAGGACCGUCAGUCGCGCGGCCCGAUGGGCUCCGCUGCUGGGCCCAAGAAGGGAGGCGCUGGUGCUCACAACUGGGGUGUCUCGACCGGUGAGGAGGGCGCUAUCGCGGCCGUCGACCGCAAUGACCCCAACUACGACAGCUCAGGGGAGAAGUAGAUCAGUGCAGAGAAAAACUAGUGGCUGUAAUCAACAGGUGAUCAAGAGGAGGAGAAAGAAGAAGAAAACAAAGUGGGCUGAGAGGUUAAUUGGCGUUGGUUGUAGCUGCUGGGCGUGCGUUGGUGGACGCAGGGGAGCGUGCGCAGAAAUAAAGAAAAAUAAAUUACCGAAACCAUCAUUAAAAUUAGGUGGCGCUUCCUAA